UGCUGCGUGCCUUACACGUGACUGUUUUGCUGGUUAAAUUUUACGGGGAAGCGAAAGAAUGCAGGGCUUGUCUAUUUUAUUAACCAAUGCAACAUUUUAAUCUCAUAAACGUCUGUAGCACAUCACUUGGUCUUAUUUUACAAACUUCCCACCUCACUCCCCUUAGACCUAAUGUACAGUUAACAAUGAAGUUAUAAGGUAAUAAGAACAGGUGACGCACCUUUAAGCAAUGGGGUGGGGGGUAAUAACUUUUAAUUGAGGGUGGGUGACCUGAAAUUGGGCAAAAGAUAGCACUUAAUUACAGCAAGACUUUUAACAGCGCUUGGGGGCGUUUAAUUAAACAAGCAGUAAUGCCCCACAGCGUGGGCUUCAUUUGGGAAACACCGACCACCCAGGGGUGUUGCAACAGAGGGCCUCCUUACCUGAGGAAAUUCCUAUAGGGCCUCAACGGCACUCUGAAGAGACUUACCGCGCUUUCAACCCAGUUGAACAGAUCUUCUUUUACCAAAGCUGAGACAUUGCCACCUAACCUAUCAAAUGUGAAGCAAUGAAAGGAAAUGUACUUUAAAAUUUGCAAUAUGUAAGUUGGAACCAUAAACCACAAGUCUAUAAUAGUACAGAUAUCAACAUCUUCCAAGUAGAGGAAAACAUCUGAAUCACCCAUGCACACAGCUGCCGUGAAAUUUUCCAUGGAGAAGGCAUACAGGCCAGAUUGGGAGUUCCCAGUUAUCUAAAAACCUAAUACGAGCAGUUAAACAUUGAAAGACUUCUAAAUCACGAAUGGCAUUGUUCAAGAAGAAUAGAUGAUAAACUGAGUAUAUUAAAGAAGGAAUGAUGACUAAGGCCUUUGCUAACUACGAUUAAUGAACAUGACCUUAUCCCAUAGGUAAUGGACUACUCAUAAUAGUAAAAUAAUUCAUAAGACAGAUGGCAGGCUCUUGUCACAACCUAAGAUAAAGGAUAACAAUGUUUUAUUCCCCUGUGUUGGAUGAUUUCAUUGAAGAUGCCCCCAGGAGCCUGAGAUUCAAGAUAACAUUACAGAAGAAGAAUAAGCUGAGGUGCUGAUAUUAGCCACAAUUCCAAGCCACCUAGAGUUCCAGAGAUGUUAUUCAGAAUGCAUAUGGGAAGUCCCACAAAGACUUGGCUUGUGUUGAGAUAGUAUGAAAUAAAAAGGUUAACUCGAGUGUUUAAGAAAAAAGACAAUGUGGAGAAGAUCAAUUUGUCACCAGAUGUCCAGGUAGAAGUACGUCAUGAAUCCAAACAGGAAAUGAAGAACAACAAACUUCAGCAAAGAACAAAAAUGAAUUUAAUUUGCAGUCAACUUCCUGGUGCUGUAGAUUAUUUUGAGGAAGAAUCUGACAAAGAAGAGAUGUUCAGUGGUGGAGGUUAUGAAACAUCAAAUAAAUUAGCUGAAAAGCGUGCUGAAAUAAAGGAUGCCACUGAAGACUCUAGACAAGUAAAGAAGCUCAAUGAUUGCUGCAAUGAAAUGAUGCUUGCAACAGAACCCAGUACUUCAGCAAGUUUUCCAGACACAUCUGGUGGUGGUUUGCCUCGACAGGAAGCAACAGUGGCUCCAGAGGCUGAUAAAAAAAAUGACCAUCCACAGUCCGGUCACAUGAUGGAAUCUGUGCGAUCAGAAAAGCCAAAGGCCAAGCUAGGUGAACCCGUCAAAAAAAGAAAAAAGAAAACUGAUGUUUAUCCCGAGUCCAGCCACAUAACAGAAACUUUGACAUCAAAAAUCUCACAGACCAAAGUGGAGAGGUCUACAAAAGUAAAAUUAGCCUGUACUGACACUGUAGAACACACAAACCACAUAAAUGAGAUGGAAAAAACAGAAGUGAAACCUGAAGUUCAAAGUGAUGAUGAUGACCUUUGCUUGGUAGGUAUAGAAAAUGAAUGUUCCUAA